GGAAGGGCAAAGGAUUCCAGCCCGCCUCUCUGGCUUCAGGAGGUUACGUUCUCUAACUGCUACCUUCCGUUCUUUCGGGCGGAACCUUCAGAGUGCAAGGCUGGUUCGACUUGUACCAACGUCUCUUUUCUGGGUUUCAAUAAAGUUUUCCUCUUCGUCCACUUGUACGGAGCUCAAGAUGGCGACCUCCUGGUCUCCCUUGCUUACUCUGCGCACCUUAGUGCAGAAGCGGCUGAAAGGGAGACUUGUUGGGUGCGGGGACUGGGCCGUCGCUUUCGCCCCUCCGGCCGCCGCUCUUGGGAAUCCCCUUUGGAAAGCCUAUACAGUUCAGACACCCGACAGCGUGCCCCUGACUACGGCAACAGAGGCUUACUCAAAAGCAUUGGCUGCUUGCCACGGACCUCUGGACCACUAUGACUUUCUGAUCAAAGCUCAUGAGCUAAAGGACGAUGAAAAUCAAAGAAGGGUCAUGCAGUGUUUGCAGAAAUUACAUGAGGACCUCAAAGGAUACAGUAUAGAGGCAGAGGGUCUUUUUUCAAAGCUUUUCUCAAGGAGGAAACCUCCACGGGGCCUGUAUGUUUAUGGAGAUGUUGGUACAGGAAAAACAAUGGUGAUGGACAUGUUUUAUGCUUAUGUGGAAAUGACAAGGAAAAAACGGGUUCAUUUUCAUGGUUUCAUGCUAGAUGUGCACAAAAGAAUACAUCGCCUUAAACAAAGCUUGCCAAAAAGAAAACCAGGAUUCAUGGCUAAAUCAUAUGAUCCAAUAGCUCCUGUAGCCGAAGAAAUCAGUGAAGAAGCUUGUCUCUUAUGUUUUGAUGAAUUUCAGGUCACUGACAUUGCUGAUGCCAUGAUUCUGAAACAGCUUUUUGAAAAUCUGUUCAAAAACGGGGUCGUCGUUGUGGCAACAUCCAACAGGCCACCGGAAGAUCUCUAUAAAAAUGGGCUUCAAAGAGCUAACUUUGUACCAUUCAUAGCCAUCCUGAAGGAGUUCUGCAAUACGGUACAGCUAGACUCUGGAAUUGAUUACCGGAAAAGGACUCUUCCUGCUGCAGGAAAACUCUAUUACCUCACAAGUGAAGCUGAUGUGGAGGCUGUCAUGGAUAAGUUGUUUGAUGAGCUGGCUCAGAAACAAAAUGAUUUAACUAGACCAAGGAUUCUAAAAGUGCAAGGCAGAGAGCUGCGGCUGAAUAAAGCCUGUGGAACCGUUGCCGACUGCACAUUUGAAGAGCUAUGUGAGAGACCACUUGGAGCCAGUGACUAUUUGGAACUAUCAAGGAAUUAUGAUACAGUAUUUUUACGAAACAUUCCACAGUUUACCCUGGCAAAGAGGACUCAAGCUCGGAGAUUCAUAACUCUCAUUGAUAACUUUUAUGAUUUCAAGGUGCGCGUAAUUUGCUCCGCAUCGACUCCUCUGUCAAGCCUAUUUUUGCAUCAACAUCCUGACAGUGAGUUGGAGCAAAGCAGAAUACUGAUGGAUGAUUUGGGGCUGAGCCAGGACUCAGCGGAAGGACUGUCCAUGUUCACAGGAGAAGAGGAAAUCUUUGCAUUCCAGCGCACGAUUUCCCGACUCACAGAAAUGCAGACCGAGCAGUACUGGAAUGAAGGGGACAGAAACAAGAAGUAACUGUCACCUCUGCAUGAAUAAAACUCUGGACAAGUGAUUAAUGGAAGGGGAACGCUAUUG